AUGAGGGCCAACGAAAUAGACGUCGGCCAUGUGCCGGGCACGAUGCGGCUCAGCGAUUUGACGACAAAGUCCAUUGUGCUUCAGCCAGCACCUUCUGCUGAUCCACGAGAUCCUCUGAACUGGUCCCGCAUCCGCAAGGCUGUCAACUAUGGCCUGGUGCUAUUCUACGUGCUGAUGACCUUUGUCUUACUCGACAUCUUUGGCGUGUCUUACAAUGCCUACGUCGAGGAAUGGGGCAUGACAUUCGAUGAUUACAACAACAUCAGCGCUGCGAACUAUGCUGGCUUGGGCGUGGGCUGCGUGCUCUUCAUUCCCCUUGCCUACAAGUUUGGUCGUCGUCUCAUCUGUGUCGUCAGUCUGGUGAUUCAGCUCGCUACGGCCAUCUGGGAGGCAAAGGCCAACGGCGUCAACGAGAUGAUUGUCCUCAACUUGAUUCAAGGAUUUGGUGGUGCCAUCAGCGAGACACUUGUGCAGAUUAUCAUCGCCGAUCUCUUCUUCGUCCACCAGUAUGCUACCAUGAAUGGGCUCUUCCUCCUCAUGCAGUCCAUCGGCGCGUUUCUCGGCCCUGUCGCCGCCGGUUAUGUGGUUGUCAGUCGGGGAUGGCGAUGGCAGUGGUGGUGGUGCGCUAUUUUCCUGGGCGUCAGCCUUGUUUCCGUGUUUUUCUUCUUCGAGGAGACAGCCUAUGUCCCGACCAUCGACGGUACACGAAUUGAACAAGGGAAUAUAAACCCGGAGAACCUCCAUAAAGGUGAAGAAGACAAGGAAGGACAUAAAAGACUUACAAACAUUACAUCCAUGCAGCACGAUACGGUGGUACCGACCAGUUCAUGUUCAGAACGGCUCCGGCUCUACACGAAAACCCCAGACAGCGUCGGACACCAUGUCUGGCAGCCCUUUGUCCUCCUAUUGCGAGUACCAGCGGUUGCUUAUACAGCGCUCACAUAUGGUAUGCUACUGGCCAACUUUGCUGUCAUAGGCUCUGUCAAUUCAGGCUGGCUUUUUAACCCACCUUAUAAUUUCGACGCGAUCGGAGUCGGCCUCUUCAACAUUGCGCCUUUCAUUGGAGCCCUUAUCGCCAGUGUCGUAGUUGCACCAUUGAGUGAUCGACUGGUUAUUCAGCUUGCAGCUAAGAAUGACGGCAUCUAUGAAGCUGAGAUGCGACUCUGGCCAGCAAUCCCAACAUCACUGCUGGCCUGCGGCGGCCUGCUAUUGUAUGGAAUAAGCAUUGCACAGGAACGACCGUGGAUCAUUGUAGCAGUCGGCGGCGCGGUAUUUGGUUUUGGUUUUGUAAGCUGUUGUGAUAUCGCGCUGUCAUAUCUCACCGAUUGCUAUCAGCUCCUUAUUGGUGACGCUAUCGUCGGAGUCAUUUUCAUCCGGAACGUGAUUUCGGUUAUCAUAUUAUUCACUUUGACCCCAUGGAUCAAUGGUAUGGGUCUCCAGAAUAUGUUCAUUUUGGUGUCCUUCAUCACCCUUGCUAUCACAUUAGGCUUUCCGGUCCUAUUGCUUGUCUUCGGCCGAAAGUUUGGACAAAGUACCGCGGCAAUCUCCGAGAAAUACGGUCGUCAGUAUCAUUCUUCGCGCCGCUUCUAG